AUGGUUGGCAAACACAAAGGAGUUUAUGAUGCGCGGAACACGCUGCGCCAAGUCAGAGUUGUUGACCUGGUCGUACGCCCUCUCGCAGGUCAGGGUCGGGUUAACCAGCUGGGCGGCGUCUUCAUCAACGGCCGCGCUGCCGAACACAUCCGGAUGAAGAUCGUAGAGAUGGCGGCGGCGGGGGUGCGGCCGUGCGUCAUCUCCCGCCAGCUGCGCGUCUCGCACGGAUGCGUCUCCAAGAUACUCAACAGAUACCAGGAGACAGGCAGCAUAAGGCCGGGCGUGAUCGCGGCUCCAGCCACGCGUCACCACUCUCCCGAGGUGAGAACAAGAGAUCGCCGACUACAAGAAGGAGAACCCGGCGUCUUCAGCUGGGAGAUCAGGGGCAGAUUGGUAAAGGAAGGUCUGUGCGACAAGACGACCGCGCCCUCCGUGAGCGCCAUCUCCCGGCUGCUGCGCGGCCGCGACGACGACGAACCCGUCAAGAAGAAAGAGGAGGAGGAGCUCUCCAAAUCUGACGGCGUCUCUGACGAGGACGAGGAGACGGAGCCGGGGCUGGCGCUGAAGCGGAAACAGCGACGCUCGCGCACCACCUUCACUGCCUACCAGCUGGACGAGCUGGAGAAGGCGUUCGAGCGCACCCAGUACCCGGACAUAUACACCCGCGAGGAGCUGGCGCAACGCACCAAGCUCACUGAGGCGCGCAUACAGGUGUGGUUCAGUAACCGUCGCGCGCCGCUGAAAACCCUGCCUGACUCGGGCUCCCUCUACUCGGGCGUCUCAUCGUCGGUGGCGCCGCGUAUGUCGUCCACCGCGCAGGCCAUGUCCAACCCGGCCGGCUACGCGCAGAGCCUGGGCUCGUACGCGCCGCACCGUUCAGCCCUGGGCCGCCACCGCUAG